AUGAAUACCGAGGCUGAACGGAAAGCGAGACGGGAGGAAAGACGCAGGCAGCAGGCAGCUGCGGCUACAGCCGCAGCCGCAUCUGAAUCUGCAUCCAAUGCCGCUGUAUCGACUUCAAGCUCGUAUGAUACUGGAUCGAGCUCGUAUGGCGGAUCGAGCUCAUGUGAUACUGGGUCGAGCUCGUAUGGCGGAUCGAGCUCAUGUGAUAAUAGUUCCGGAUGA